GCAUGUUCCGUACUAUCGAAUCCGAGUGACAGGUGGUGCGACGCGCUUUAAUCCGUAACUACACACACUUCGUUCGUGGUCGUCGUCGUGGGUGCGAGAAACGCGGUUGUCCGUUGAAAACGCCGUUUUUUUUUUACCUGACGUCUUGCGUUUGAGAGACGACAAGCAAUAGCGUUUCUUCGGCGUCCGAUCGAAAGGGACGGGACGACGUGCACACGCGUGAAAGAGGGAAGAGGAGCAACGUCAUCAUCAUCGCCGCGAGUAAGAUACGCGUCGCGCUGAUAAAAAUUUCUCGUUUUGUUUCGAUCCGCGAGACACCACUGUCCGUCCGUUUUUUGACGUGCAAAUCGCGGUGACAUGCUCGCACGAUCGUCGGUGCGUCGUCAGUACUCGUAGGUGUUCCCCCCGCGUCCAGGUUCCUGAUGAUGUAUACCACGUACUCGUUCGACUUACCCGGAGGAUUCAGCUGCAGAAGAGUGUAUUCGAGAUUACUCUCCGGCAGACCAGGCAUAAAAUCGCAGGGAUUUUCGUUUCUCAUUCGGCGUUGGGACAAGGUUGGAGGAUCUAUAUGGGGCAAUGCGUGUCUCGUAAGGCGGGCGCCGUCGUCGCAGCAUCCGGUCAUCACAACUCGCCCUCGUACCGUAUCAUGGACAAGGCCCAGAAACAGAACGACUUACGGGGUUCUUCGAGGCGCGGCACGUCGCACACGCGCGGCACUGCAAUGUCCUUCGGCUUCCGGCGACGACCCGCCAGCGGAAUACCGAUGCCGAUAGCGAACUACGCGUCCACAGCGGUCAACGAGAAGAGUCUGUUACAUCCACGAUCAAAAUCGGCGGGCCCGGAGCAAGAUCGCAGACGGAUUACGGAUGACGAUAACACGAUGAUUCACAAUUCAUCAUCCGGCCGAUCGACACCGCGACUGGCACCGCCGAAAAAGGAUGGAAUCGGCGUCAGAACCAAUCGGUUCGGUUACCGACAGCCGCAGAGGUUUACCAACAAGGUCGGCGACAUCUGUAACAGUCACAGCAUCAGUCAUUACAAUCAAGAGAAAUUACAACAGCAACCUCCUCAGCAACCGGAGAAUUAUUUUGUGAAGCAACAGCCGAACAGAGUCGCGCCGCAACAUCUGUGCAGCACGACGGCGCCUGCGAAACCUCGCCCGUCACCGUCGAACAACGCGACUUAUAAUACUGGCGUCAAUAGUAAUUCAAUGACGCAGCACGCGGACACGAACCGACGAGUCUCAGGCAUUCCGGAACCGAUUGGCAGGUACACUCUGCACACCAGUCAUCUACCCUUGCCACAGUACGCUGUGCGAGUGACCGAUUCUAACCCCAAGAUCGCCAAGACAGCCGCGAAUCAGAGCAGAAAGAUAUCUACGUCAACGUUGAAAGGUUCGUCCAGUUCAAAAGAGGGCUCGAUGACCGAGGACUCGGGUGUCAGCAGCCAGGCGGCCGGUCUGGAAGACGAGAGAAUUAGAUCGAUCGAUUAUAUGGAUGAAGGAUCACUGAGAAGACGCGGCAUUGGCAGACCGAGAAAUCUACGUAUGGUUGUGAACGGAAAGAGCUUUGAUGUAAGAGACGUUCGGGACGACGACAGUACAGUCACUGAAAUCUCAGUGAUUCCAUUGCCCAAGUCAUUCGCAAACACCGCGGUCAAUUUGAAUACCGGUUUCGUUCGCGAGCGAGCCACGCAGUACCAACGAAUUGUCAACAAAGACAACAGAUACACCGACUCGACCGCGUCAAUGUCCACCACAUCCUCAGAAGGUUAUGAUGAGGGUUGUCUGAGCGAGGAAAAAGUUUAUAAAGAUCGAUCGCGCACGGAAAAGAUUCCGUCUAUCAAGUCAGACUUCAGUCCGCCCAGUUCAGACGAUCCGGAGUACGGUCAUGGCGAGGCUAUGGCGGACGAAUACUCAUUGAGUUCCAGCGACGAAUGUCAACGUUCCAAUUCGAUUAUUACGCAGCACACGCAGGGAAUAACCGUCGCUGCGAAGAACAACGCGACGCCGAAGAACACAUUGCGAUCGGUAUUGCUCACCAUCGAAGAUCCGGCGUUUGCCGCUGCCGCCGCAACUACGACCACUCUGAUAGACGACGAAACUUCGCCGGUCGACAGCUUAUUCGACAGUCCCACCGCUAGCAUCACUCAAUCAGACGGAAAACCCUCCAAGAAAGAUGAGGAACACGUGCACGAGCGCUCGGAUAACACCCUCGAAGACGACAGUCCGGGCACGCCGACGAAUGCCUCCAACUCGCUCAGCUUGUCCGAGGGUAGAGAAUUCUUCGACGACGAGAUCGCUGAUCAGCCUGGAUUGAUCUUCGAUGACAACAACUCAAGAGGCAGAAUCGAAACACAGUCCGCAAUGGGGAGCCGAGAAGUAAUCACCGAGAAUAGCCAUACUCUAAUCGAGACGAGCUCUAAGAUGAACGGUGCUCACGUCAAAGGUGUGGUGAAUAGUCCUCAUCACGGACAGCGUUUACAUCGUUCAGGAAGCGUGGACACUUUAUCACCUUGCGAAUCCAUCGCCUCAGAUGAUUUAAUGUUGGAUUACGACGGCAGCGACGCGAGCUCUUACGAGGAUCAACAGCGAUUAAAUUCCAAUCCCGCGUUGCACGAGCUGGAUGACGCCACCAUAAUUUCCGAAUUGGAAGCUCAGGGAGAAGAAGUGAUGAGACAGUGGAGUUCAUUGCUGAGCACCGCGCAUAUGCAGGAGGAGGCAAAUUCAAAUUGCGCCAAUAACAAUUCCAUCAACAGCACAGCGGGCAUCAAUAACAAUCAGGCCAACAGCGAAUCUGGAAUCGGAAGUGACAGGAUGUCAAGGUUGCUACGCAGCAGAUCCGGUACGGAGUCACCGCGCUCGUUAGACAACAUGCGCAACCGACAAGUUUCUAGUCCUAUGAGAACAUCGGGAAAUGCUUCAUCCCCGUGCAUCGAUUCCGGAGACGAGGCGAGCCUCAGGAUAGAUCGUGGAACGUACCAGUACAUGUUUCAGGACAUUGUCUCGAUAAAGACGAUGCUUCUGAAACUCAAACGAGUUCUUCAGGAGUCAGGAGAGAACGAUUUGAUGAGGGAAGAAACUCUCAAUCCAUUCGACAAUUUGAAGAAUGGCCUCUUCUGUAACCUGAGCGAGAGCGGAGUUGGUACCACUGACGUGAGCACAUCACCGGGAAGCGGCGGUAGCAGCAUCGCGGACGAAUUGACGGACUUGAGAAGACAGGUUGUAUUCCUUCAGGGCCAAGUGGAAGAUCGAGAUCGCACCAUACAGUUGCGGGAUCGCACCAUCGAGUUACUUGAGCAAAAACUUGCGAAACUUCAAGGACCUAAGAACGGCGACGCUCAGAAUUUAUCGACGCGCAAUAACAACGGUCUUUCCUCUGUGGACAUGUGUAACGCCGCUACGCAGACAGAGAAGAUACGUCCGGUGUCGGCGGGGCCUUCGCUCUUGCAAUCACUCCCGCAGGAUGGUGUCAUGGGGCCUCUCGUUAGUUGGAGUGACUCGUCGGACCAUCAGCGGCUCUCGCUGCUCUCCGAGCUUAACUCCGCCGGGAGCCAUCGCAAGCCAACCGAACGUUUACCUCAUACGUUAAGACUCCGUCAAGAACAGAUCCCGACACGACGUGUCAGCGCGCACGCGAGAAGACACUCGUCGGAGAGCGUGUCCGGCUCGCCCACCAAGCCGAAGGAUUGUACGAAACCGCCUUGCGAUUCGAACGAUUUGGAACAAUGCGAUCAAACAAAGAUAGAAGGAAAUACGGUCAAGUCCCUUAUACCAACACCUAGGAAGCUUCGGUUUUAACAACACACAAUAGCGGUGCUCGAGCAGCAUGCUCCACGUGUAAUAAAGUUUCUCACGUUUCGGACGUUCGAAUCUUCGAAGAUCAGACAAUUUUGAUAAAUAAUCUUUAAUUGUGAAUUUAAUCGUUCGUUCUAUGACUCUUUUCUGCAGAUUUUCAUUUGAGACUUUUCGCCAUGUGCAGAACUUUUAAGUUGAUGUGACGUUAUAAUCCAAAACGACCGCUGCGUAUCCAGGAGUUUUUGUAUCGAGAAUAAUUUAUAUAAAUUACACAUUACAUGUAAGUUAACAUUUUGUUUUUUUUUUGUUGAAUUGCACCGUUAUAAAAUAGUUUAAUUUAUCCAGUUGUAUCAGUAUUUCAUUUCACUCACUUGUCACCGAUUCGAAUGUCCAAAACAAACACAAAAAACGAUCUCGCGUCCCAUCGCUGUCCUUUCUCUUGUAAUUAGUUUUCUGCACGCCACGAAGUUCCUGUAACGCAUAACGACGUCGCGUUCGUCUAUAAUAUAAUUUGCUGUUGUACUUAUCGCGAAAUGUGAGAGAAAACGUUAAAGUGAAUCCGUCAUUUAUUCUCGAAAGGAUAAUAUUUUUAUGGCGACGUUGCGAUUACAAGCGCGCAAGUACAGGUGUUGCUUGUUCCGCGUUGUCAUUGUGAUCUCAAGCGCAAAAAAAAAAAAAAAAAAAAAAAAAAAAAUUAGA